AUGGGCCCCUGUACCGCCUCCUCAUGCUGCUGCCAGGCCCGUAAUCUGCCAUGGGCCCCCGUACCGCCUCCUCAUGCUGCUGCCAGGCCCGUAAUCUGUCAUGGGCCCCUGUACCGCCUCCUCAUGCUGCUGCCAGGUCCAGAGUGUGUCAUGGGUCCCUGUACGGCCUCCCAUUGCUGCUGUCUCCAUCGCCACACUCUGCCAUGUGCCACUUUCAGGUCUCCUCACACUGCUGGUGGGUUCCAUUUUGUCAUAGGGUGCUGUAUGGCCUCCCAUUGCUGCUGCCUCCACCGCCACACUGUGGCUCCACACUCUGGUUUUGGCCCCGUGACUGCCCAAAUGAGUGAAGUGUGCGGUGAUUCUAAGAUCGACGGCACUCAUCUGCAUGUCAUACUGACUGACAGUAUUAUUUCUCUUCCCCAGCAGACUCCAAGGGCAUUUAAAUUAAAGGUACAGUGUUCUGCACUAAUAUAA